UCUCGACUUCGAACUCGCAAAAUAUAAGGAGAAUCAUGACUAACGAAGCAAAUACUCCGAAUAUUUCGGAGCAGGAACAAGCAUGGAAGCGAGUGUAUCGCCAAAACAAAGGUGCAUUCCUUAUUCUCCUGGCAGAAGCGGUCGCUUCGUCCAUGGACGCCAUCGUCCGCUUCCUUCAACAAGGCGGUCGAGGAAUACACCCGUAUCAGAUCAUCUUUGCUCGCAUGGCUGGCACCACCAUUUUGAGUACCAUAUACAUGUGGUGGAACCAAGUGCCCGACUUUCCACUGGGGAAACCUAGUGUCAGAGGCUUGCUUGUCAUUCGUGCGCUCUUUGGAUUCUUUGGACUUUGGUGUCUUUAUUACUCGGUUCGAUUCCUGCCCCUCGCAGAGGCUACGGUCUUUAGAUUUUUGGUCCCCAUAGUGACCGGGUGGGCAUGUUCGAUCUUUUUGGGUCAGGUCUUCUCCGGAAAAGAUCUCUGUGCAGGACUCAUUGCUCUCAUCGGCGUCAUCAUCAUCGCCCAACCAGCGGCGAUCUUUGGUCCGAAGAACGACCUCGUGGACUCAUCUGAUCUGCUCUUUUUGGCCACAAGUGGCAACAAAAUCGACCAAGUGACCCCGGCACAGCGCUUAUUUGCUAUUGCGGUAUCUCUUCUUGGAGUCCUGGGUGCGUCGGGCGCGUACACCAUGAUCAGGGUCAUAGGUGAUAGAGCUCAUGCUCUUAUAUCCGUCAAUUACUUUGCCAUUGUUAGCACGGUCGGGUCUACAUUAAUACUUCUCUUGACCCCAAACAUUGGAUUUAAGCUUCCUCAGGACGUCAGAGAAUGGGCUCUUUUAGCCAGCCUGGGUGUUUUGGGCUUCAUAUUACAGUUUCUCCUCACUGCCGGGCUCCAAUUGGACAGGGGGACGAAGGCAACCAGCAUGAUGUAUUCCCAAAUCAUUUUUGCACUGUUAUUUGACUGGGGUAUCUGGGGGAUGUUUCCAGGCACGUGGAGCAUUAUUGGUGGCUUCAUUGUCAUUGCAAGUACAUUAUGGUCGGCGCUGCAGAAGCAUCAAGAGCCGAAAAUCAAGUCAUCGGAGACCUCAGCUGUAGAUGAGGAGAGCGCCCUCUUGGGAGAGAAUAGAGAGUCAGACAGCGACUAAGAGCAGGAGUUUGUUUACGGAGUGUAAAUACAUCUCUACAGUUAUUGUCCAUUGACAGAUUUUUCUAAGACUUGUUCUCACUUGCCAAUAACUAACAAUUCUUAAUGCGAUACUGCCUCUACUCACCAGCCCAGAAAGCUGAAAGAAGA